UUCGCGAUCUGAAGUAGAAAAAUGCAUUAAUAUCCUCAGACAAAGCUCGCCCUGCCUCUCCUAAAAGUAAUUUUGAAUCCUUUUUAUUAUGUAGGUUAAUUUACCAACCAGGAAUUUGAUGUUAUUUGAAGAAGGAAGUUCAUGUAUCAAACAAGCCCUUGCAUUUAUCAUUAAACAGUGACAGGAGCUCCACCUUUUCAUCCCCACUACUCUGGAAACGAACAACAGACGUCAAAAUGAAAACAACUUGACGUCAAACUGAAGUUGCUAGUUAUACUGCUUAGCACAUCCUUUUAAACGAUAGCAAUUAAAUUAUACGCUCAAGCACACAGGGUUGUCACAGAUGUCAUUCCUUGACAAUUCGUCCACGUCGUCGGAUUCCUUUUACGACAUCAAUAACGUUAAACACUGUUUUUGUCUGUGAAAACACGCCCACGAUAUCAAUAGGCUACGGAAAUGCCCAAACACCUUGGGUUUAUUUAUCUUGACCUCACAUUGUAUUUCAGUCAAUAUCAGACUGAUUCUACGUCAUUUCGUAGGCUUUUAGCGAAAGCAAUUAACUUAAAUACCCAAAUAUUUUGUAUUGAGACCGUUUCCAUUUUAAUUGGAGACAAUGUCUGUUUGUUCCUGUGGUAAACAUUGUCUGAGACAUUUUAAAAUGUGUUUUACCCAUCCCGCUUUAGUUUCAAUCUUUAAAUACCCGUCUAUCAUCUUCAUCUUUGUAAUCUAAUAAAUAAAUAAAUGAAUGAAUGAAUAGAAAAGUUUGAACAUAACACGGCCAAGGUGUUGUACAUAACCAUAACACACCUCCUGCGGAGUUUCUCGUGGGCGGAUACAAUUGAGUCUUAAGCACUUAUGAAUGUCGACCUUACGUGCUAACUUAGAACGAAGAAGCUUAUGUAUAUGGAUAUCGACCAGCCGCAGUGGCAGGAUAGGCAAUAUCAAUACCUUAAUACGUGGCUUUUAAAGAGUCGUACAUCCGGAAUUCAUUAAAGACCCUUACAAGACAAAUCUGCAAGAACUGAUAGCUGUUGGCACUCGAGGAGCCACGAGUAGGUGAAGGAGCAUCCGGCGAGCGAAUGUACCCAAGGUCACUCGAGACGUCACUGCAACGAGACCCAAAUGCCGUGUGUAAGAAAACGGAGUCAUUCUUUCACACAAAAGAUGACUUUUGCAAAUCCAAGCCGGAACUGAUUUCUACGGUGCUUGAUGGAAUCGAUGUUUCCGUCGACCAGUGUCAGUGGCAGUUUAGAAACAGGCGAUGGAAUUGUUCGACGUCCAAGAACUCAGUCAAAAAAAUUCUUCGUUACGACUAUAGGGAGACGGCAUUCAUAUAUGCCAUUACAUCAGCCGGGAUAACUUUUUCUGUCACGCGUGCAUGCAGAAUGGGUCAUCUUCAGCAAUGUGGAUGUCGCCAAGUAACUCCAACACAACAACAAAUCCUUACCAGCAACGUCAUUUCAUCGUACCCUCGAAACGAUUACCCUUCUACAGACAACCACCUUUCCAACCAGGCCUUCCCCAUCGGUGAAAACGACCAGUUCGAGUGGGGAGGCUGCAGUGACAAUAUCCAGUAUGGAUACAAGAUGUCGCAACAGUUGAUGCAAGAGGACAAGAGCAGCGACGGUCGUUCCAUGAUCAUCAAGCACAAUAGCGAGGCAGGGCGACUGGCGGUCAAGAAUUAUAUGCAAACGGAAUGCAAAUGCCAUGGUCUCUCGGGCUCUUGCUCUCUGAAAACGUGUCGGGAAAAGAUGCCGCACUUUAGAGAUGUGGGCAAUAGAUUAAAAGCCCGUUUCGAUGGUGCCAUUAAAGUGAUAAUUAGCAACAAAGGGGAUGAGCUCAUCAAAGAAGGAGAAACAAUAAAACCUCAUACAGAACUCGAUUUGGUGUACACGACCGAGUCUCCAGACUUUUGCAAAGAAGACCCAUAUUACGGUUCUCAUGGAACUGUGGGCAGGAGGUGCAACGAUACUUUUAGGGGAGUAGGCGGUUGCCAGCUUCUCUGCUGUAGCCGAGGAGCACGAAUGAGGAAAACGAUCAUAAAAGAAAAUUGCCAGUGUCGAUUUCUUUGGUGCUGCUCCGUCAAAUGCGACGAAUGCAGACGAGAGCAAGAAGUGUACACUUGUGAAUGACUUUGGCGCUGCUUGGUUCCUAACACUUAGAAAACAAUCAAGUUCAAUGUCUGACAAAGACUUGAAUGUUUUCCAAUUAUGUUCAACUUCACGACAAGACAAGAAUCGCCCUUUAUGGCAAGUGAUACCCCAGAGAAAAGUAUUUAAUACAUGUUUUCAAAUAUCAAUUUUAAAGGAAUCCAAACAGAUUGCUGGAGGUCACGGCAAACAAAGACUAAAUUGCAAACACUUGAACAGUUUGUCUGAGAGAGAUAUGAAUGCUUUAACAACGGACUAGUCAUGCAAUGUUAUUCAAGGUUAUUUUCAACUUUCUAGAAGAUGAUGGCCUUAAAUGUCAUCAGAGAACCUCAAAUACCAAGUUUUUAAGCCAGUCGAACCUAUGACGCUGGGGAAGUGAGGCACAGCGUGCGAAGAACUCGGUUUCAUCAUGAUCGCUUUAGAAGUAGACACUCUUCAUUUAAUCCUCUCUGAGUUGAUUAACACUAUGGGGUUUGAAGGGGCUUUUUAAUUGCUGACAUUUAUUACAAACAUUCAAACUAACAGCAGGGUUUCAGGCCAAGCGUCGGAUUGUCCGGGAAAAAUAUGUGACCUUUUAAAAUAUUGCCAAUAAAUGCAGUGCAUAUGACUAUUUUACACAAACUCACAUUACAAUCAAAACAUUCUACACAGUUUUAGUUUAAAACAAUUGUUUGCUUAAGCGAUUACACGGCAUAAAAGAUCAAAAAGCUUAACAUAAGAACGUAAUUGUACGAUUUGGUUCCGGAAAUCCCGUAGUAAUGGCCGGGCACAUCAAACAAGGAGAUAACAACAUUUAAUUUCGGUGUGAGCAGCUGGAGACCGACCGACUGAAUUGACGUCUAAGUGUUUGCAGAGGCAAACUUUAUUAAAAUAGUUUUAAUCAUUUGCAGCCUCCUUUGAUCUUGUUGAAGGACAAAAUCCAAAUAUUCCUGAGAUUCUAAGGCAUAGGAUGUUGUCCCUUGACCUUAAUUAUUUCGUAGCUUCAAGGAAAAUUACCACUUAAACCCCUAGAACCUUUGCCAAAAAGGUUAUCAAAUGUUGUGAUACUUCUCUGUACUCGCCUCGAAUCCAGCUGCGAGAGUGAAAGAUGAGGUACAACUAAUUGGAAAAAUUACGUUUAGGUUCCUAGCGCGUUCUCGUUUUUAAUUUUAAAUAGAAAAUUCUUCAUUUCUGCAGAAACUAUUCAAUAAUUCAAAGCUCUGUCUUACUUGCAAAGAGAAAACGCGAAACGGAAUCUAUCUAAGAAUUUGGAAGACAUGUGUGUAUUUAAACGUAUAAGUUGAAAUAUUUUAAGUUUGGCAGAUGAGGAUGAUAUUGAAUUUAGGACUGACCACUUCUUUUCGUUUGAAAAGAAAGUUGCACAAUUUUUUUUGUUUUCAUUCAUUUUCAGACUAAUAUAACAAGUAAUCCCUUUGUACAUAGCCGACUGAAAUGAAGUAAACAGAGUUAUCCUAAACACA